CUAAACUGAGAAAUCAUGGGGCUCAACGACAAAGGUGCUCCGGGUAAAAAUAUAGGGAUUCUCUGGUUUACUGAUGGAAGCAAAACCAACAAUGGAGUAGGAUGGGGUUACCACAUUGUCUGUGAGAAUGAUAGUGACCCUCUUCAAGGACAUGGUAAACUAGGUGACGACAACUCGGUAUUCCAAGCCGAGGUGUUUGCCAUCACGAAUGCUGCGAGAUCCCUCCUAGCAUCGUCAACAGAAGCACACAAAAUUAUCGAUUUCUACAUUGACAGUCAGGCUGCAAUCAAGGCCAUCGGUAAAAUUAGCUCAAUAUCCAAAGUAGUUGAGGAGUGCAUCAACACUCUGAACUCAUUGGGUGUCAACAAUAUGGUCAUGCUCCACUGGAUUAAGGCCCACGUGGGACAUGACUUGAAUGAAAAAGUAGAUGCUCUAGCUAAGCUGGGCUCUACAGAAGGACCUUACAAACAACUACCACGCCCCACUACUGUUCAUGCCAUUGCCUUCCGGGACAUUCUCAUGGACAAGUGGCAAGAACUCUGGAUGAAACCAGACAAAACAUUUAACAAACUGCCUUUCCGCCAAACUAGGCUUUGGUUUGAAAACGUAGAUAACAAAUAUUCGAAAGAUUUCUUAAAACUCGAUCGAUCUAUUCUAAGUAAAUUAAUUCAAGCCAUUAGCGGCCACAGCUACCUGAAUUAUCAUCAGUAUAAGAUAGGUAGAACAUCAACCGAACUCUGUAGGUUUUGCAAAGCGGCAAAUGAAGAAUCUCAUCAUAUUGUCGCGGUGUGUCCAGCGCUCUCUUCGCAAAGGCAAAGGGCACUCCACACAACAGGUUUUGACAUCCCCAUGGACCUACCGAGUCUACUAAGGUUUCUUCGGGAACCAACCAUUGGUAGACUCUUCAGUUCCGAAGGGGUAGAGCAAACAGACCAUGUGUCUGACUCAUUUCAAAACUUUUAAAGAGUGUGUUUAUAAUAGUCCAAAGCAAAAAUCGCAUUAGCGGUUAGCCUUUGGGUGGCCGGAUCCUCAAUAUCCACACACCCAGACUGUCAAAACAAACAAACAAACAAACAUGGGGUUGAGACCCUUGUGUCAAAUCA